GUGGAUCUUGCGAUUGGAUUUUACUUUUUUUACUCUUCUGUUUUUAUACUUUAAUUUUUUUUCAUUUCCUGGGAGAGUGCUCCCUGCCGGUGGGGUACCAUUAUGCCGCAGUUAAACAGCGGCGGGGGGGAUGAGCUGGGGGCCAAUGAUGAGCUGAUCCGGUUUAAGGAUGAAGGGGAGCAGGAGGAUAAGAGCCCCGGAGAGGGAUCUGCAGAGGGGGACCUGGCAGACGUCAAAUCCUCGCUGGUUAACGAGUCCGAGAACCUGAGCAGUGACUCCGACUCAGAGGUGGAGAGACGUCCCCCUCCAAGAGAAAGCUUUGAGAAACACAGGGAUUACCUGUCUGAAGCAUUCAGAAGACAACACCAGGAUGCAGCAUUCUUCAAAAGCCCUCCCUACGCCGGGUACCCAUUCUUGAUGAUUCCAGACCUUGGGGGGCAUUAUUUGCCCAAUGGUGCUCUAUCACCUAGUGCCCGAGCGUACCUGCAGAUGAAAUGGCCGCUUCUCGAUGCCCCCAGUACAGCAGGCUUAAAAGAUGCCAGGUCACCGUCCCCUGCACACCUAUCCAACAAGGUUCCAGUGGUUCAACACCCACAUCACAUGCAUCCACUUACGCCGCUGAUCACUUACAGCAACGACCACUUCACGCCAGGGACACCUCCUGGGCACUUGUCUCCUGAAAUAGACCCCAAGACAGGAAUUCCGAGGCCACCUCAUCCGUCAGAGCUAUCUCCAUAUUAUCCAUUAUCUCCUGGAGCUAUGGGACAAAUUCAUCACCCUCUGGGUUGGCUAAUGCCACAACAGGGUCAGCCCAUGUAUUCUAUCCCUCCUGGUGGCUUCAGGCAUCCUUAUCCUGCUUUGGCAAUGAAUGCCUCGAUGUCCAGUUUGGUUUCCAGCCGCUUUUCUCCACACAUGGUGCCCCCUCCUCCUCAUGGUCUGCACACCUCAGGGAUUCCUCACCCUGCUAUUGUCUCACCUGUUGUAAAGCAGGAGCCAUCCUCUGGAAAUUUAAGUCCAAACCUCAACCAAAAGUCCAAUGUGGUGAUAAAGAAGGAGGAAGAGAAGAAACCACAUAUUAAGAAACCCCUAAAUGCCUUCAUGCUGUAUAUGAAAGAGAUGCGAGCCAAAGUUGUUGCAGAGUGCACGUUAAAAGAGAGCGCAGCUAUUAACCAGAUUCUUGGCCGCCGGUGGCACUCAUUGUCACGGGAGGAACAAGCCAAAUACUAUGAGUUGGCACGAAAAGAGAGGCAGCUUCACUCCCAGCUUUACCCAACAUGGUCUGCACGGGACAACUAUGGCAAAAGGAAGAAACGGAAGAGAGAAAAACAGAUACAGGAAGGUGAUCAUGCUUCUAAACACAAAAAACUUUGUGUUCAACACCUACCAGCAGAUAAAUCUUGUGACAGUCCGGCCUCUUCUCAUGGAAGCAUGCUGGACUCCCCAGCCACUCCCUCUGCAGCAUUGGCCUCUCCAGCAGCCCCUGCCGCCACCCACUCCGAACAGGCCCAGCCGCUCUCCCUCACUACCAAGCCUGAAUCAAGAUCCCAUAUUUCACUCAGCCACUCUGCUGCCUUCCUGGCCUCCAAGUCCCCUCCGUCCACUCUUUCAGGGCCCAUGUCCACCUCUGUGGGUUCUCCAUUGAUCUCUCGCCCUAUCCCUCUCACAUCCUCCAUGUUGUCUCCAGGAAUCUAUCCUUCAGCUCUGCAAGCACUACCCUUGCUGCAGCAACAACCGCUUUCUUUGGUGACCAAAUCCAGUGACUGAUGUGACCGUACUGUAUUGCCCAGGAUACAUUCACAAUUAGUAGUCCUUUGCAGAUCUACAUAUGAAUUGCUCCGCACUAGUGUAUAUAUACUGCUGUGCAGAUAGGGACAUGAAUCUGCAAAAGUAUAUAUAACUGUUUAUGAAUUGGAACACAUCUAUUUAUCCUUCUUUUCAUUGGAAUAUUUCAUGCUCUGCUGUUAUGGACAACAAUUUACAUUGGCAGUUGGUGCUUGGAAACUAAGCACACUUCUUUGUCUUGUUGUGUUGUAGGUUUCAAUGAAUUAAGAUGGGUGCAGAAGGAAUACUGCUCUUCAGAGAAGCAGCGAGAGGCACUGCUCUGUUAAGCUGCAGAGUUUUGUUCUGCAAUAAGAAACGGUUCCAUAGUCCAGGGCCUCUUCAGCAUGCACAUAAGGAUUAUACACAAUGCAGGAAAAAAUUAAACUGCUCGGUCCUUUCUUGCCGGCACUCUGCAGAUUAUCAAUCAGGCUUUACCUGCACCCUCCUGCUUUCAGCAACCUCCAACAAAAACUAUGGUCGUCGCUAGACCUGCAGGGAUUAUUGGUCAAUAUUUGACCUGUCUGCUUCACCCCAGCACUAUGAUCACGCCCGUCCCUUGUUUGUAUUAUUGUUUCUAAUUGAUUCACAGAAGAAAAGAAGAAAAAAACUUUCCUAAAUGGCGAGAAGGUUAAACUGCAUAAACUCAUUGCAGAACAUGUAAAUUGUACAUACAAAUGUGGAAGAUGGAGGUGGGGAGAGCCUAGGCAGGGGGAUGGGUGGUGCAUGUUUUCUUUUAAGGGAGGGUCUCUCUCUUUUUUUUUUUUUUUUUUUUUUUUUUGUAUUUUACAUCUUUUUAAAUUGGGGACAAGGAUAUGCACAUAUCAUUUCGUUUUAAGUGCUGGUCCGGUGGCAGAUGUGUUAACACUUGCAUUGCCAGGGUUAAUGUCCUCUAAAUAUAUAUAUAUAUAUAUUUUUAUUCUUCUUCUCACUUAUUUUGCAGUUUUUUUUUUCUUGUUCUUUUCAAUGUGUGCUGUUUUGUUUUCAGUUUUCUUCCAUUCCAAUCUUGUCUCAAUACAACUAGGGUUCUUUUUUUUUAUUUUAUUAUUUUGAUGAAAAACUUCUUGAACAAAAAUGUGACCUUUUUGUAACAAAAUAGAAAAUAUAUUGUGUUUUAAAAUAUAUGGGGCUAUUUUUGUGUUUAUUUCCCUUCCUUGUCCAAACCCCUGUACUAGUCUGUGUGUAUUUUGAUAUGGAUUGUGGGAGUGAAUUUAGGCUGAAAUUUGAAAAUAUUAUAUGCAAUAAAUUAAAGGGAAUCUCAUCAUUUCAAAUACCUGACAUGUUUCAUGUGUCAGUUUGCAUAGGAUUUAAUGUAUUUAUUUUUUCUCUGCCUGUUUUCACUUUUAACUUUCUUUUUUAAACUAGGUAAAAUAUCUAACCUUAUACUGUCUCUUUAAUGCCAGC